UGUUACGUUCACGAUUGGUUGACAGGGCGCAAGUGGGCGUUUCAUCUCUCCUUUGUUAGCCAAUGAAUGAAUGUGUCCCACCACCUCCUGCGCGACUACGGGCAGAACAGCUGAGCCCCAGGGAGUUGUCGCAGGAAAAUAAGAGCGGGCCCCUCCCUCCCACAAGGAGCCAAUGGGAAUGUGGGAGGAAGCGAGUGACCCAGUGAUGGGGAAGAAGGAUAAAAAUGAGGAGCGGAAGGAGAGAAUCCUGAAUCUCACACUGGAGAUUAUCUAUCUGCUGACUGGAGAGGGCUACGUCAUCCCUAAGAAGAAGAGCCCAACUGUGGGUUUGGGGGCCCUGCAUGCCCCUGGCUCCGUCAUACAGAAGGAAAAUGACAAGAAGAUCCUGGAACUCAUCUCCAACAUCAUCCAGCUGCUGACUGGAGAGGAGUGGGAGUAUAUAAAAGGAAACAAGGCCCUUUACAAGGAAGGGAUAAAGGAGGAGGAGGAGCCCAAGCAGCUGGAUUGUAAAGCUGAGGGUGAUAUGAAAGCUACUGUGAAAGAAACAAUGUGUUGUAAUAAUGAGCCAAGCAAGAUUGGGGCUGAAGGAGCAGAUGUUUGUGCCGACGGAAAUUUCACAAACCCUGAAAUUUCUCCAGCGGAACAGCCCCCACCGGCCAAUGGGAUUAAAGAAGAGGAAGCAACUUUAUGUGAACGUGGAAACCAAUCAGAUUGCAGCAUUAAUCCCCUUACAGAACAGAUACAGGGAACAGACACACCUACUGCUAUCAUGGGGUGCAGCCUGAAUAACAGCUCGGCAGAUAAUUCUAUAUCAGAUGAUAUAAAAGAGGAGGCGGCCUCAUGGGAAGAAGGAAGCCUUUCUGAUUUUAGGAUUAUUACUGUUUCGGAAAUACAAGAAACAAAUACAUCUGAUCCUAUCAUGGGAUGCGACCUGAAUAAUAGCUUGCUAGAUAAUUAUAUAUCCGUUGUUAUUAAAGAGGAAGAAGUGUCAUGUGAAGAGGACAACCAAUCAGAUUGCAGCAUUAAUCCCCUUACAGAACAGACACAGGGAACAGAUACACCUACUCCUAUCAUAGGAAACAGUCUCAAUGAUAAUUUGUCAGAAAUCCAAAACAGUAGCAGAAAAUCUUAUAAUAGAAUGGGUGUGUUACAGGGGAUGUAUAAGUGCUCCGAGUGCCAUAAAAGGUUUAGUAGCAAAAGCACAUUUGUCAGGCAUCAGAGAAGAUACCACAAAAUAGAAAAACGUGUUUCUUCUAAAGGUGGGAAAUUGAUGGCACGUCGCUCUCGCUCAGACCUUAAGGGAAGUAAAAGCAACGGAGACAAGUUAUUUACCUGCUCUGAAUGUGGGAAAAACUUUAAACACCGUUCAAGCUUUUAUGUGCAUCGCAGGUUUCACACAGGAGGGAAACCGUUUUCUUGUACCGAGUGCGGAAAAUGUUUUUCGCAAGUGUCAGACCUUGAUAUACAUCACAGAAUUCACUUGGGAGAGAAACCAUUUACAUGUUCCCAGUGUGGGAAAUGUUUUGCGCAUCUGUCAGACCUCAAAGUCCAUCAGCGAAUUCACACGGGAGAGAAACCGUAUUCAUGUUCUGAGUGUGGGAAAUGUUUCACGCAGCGCUCACACCUUAGCGCACAUCUGAAAAGCCACACGGGAGAGAAGCCCUUUACCUGUUCUGAAUGUGGGAAAUGCUUUACACAUCUGGGAGACCUUAAAAGACAUCUUAGAAGCCACACGGGGGAGAAACCAUUUACCUGCUCACAGUGUGGGAAAGCUUUUAUUCGCAGGGCACACCUCAGCCGGCAUCAAAAAUGCCACUUGGGAGAGAAGCCGUUUUCCUGUUCUCAGUGCGGGAAGUGUUUCACGCAGCGGACGCACCUCGAACGGCAUCACAGAAGCCACACAGGAGAGAAGCCCUUUUCUUGCUUUGAAUGCGGGAAAGGUUUCGCUCAGCGCACGCACCUUUUAAGACAUCACAAAGUUCACACGAGAGAGAAAGCGUUUUCCUGCUCCGAAUGCGGCGAAUGUUUUGCUGAAAACAUCGAACUUGAUUUGCAUCAACAAAGUCACGCUAGAGACGAGCCCAACUCCUCUCCAUGAUACAAAUGGUGUACAGUGCCCCUUCCUUUCUGGCUGUUACAGGAGAGACAAAUAUGCAUUUAAACUUGUACAUAACCUUUAUUGAGUAUGUUCUGCUGUUAAUUGUAUUCCAAAUCCAACUACAUGUGUCUAUUUCCCACAUAACCAUCUUUUCAAGUCUUAUAUAUCCACCCAUGAUGGGCAAGGAGCACCGGCACUGCUGUCCUGGAAAAGUCCUUUUGCAGUUUCAGAAAGUUGGGAAUUAUUAUCUUAACCUGGUUGUAUCGCUUUACAGUAUCAAAGAAAGUCGUCUGGACUCACAUUUUAGUAGAAACAUUGGGUUUGAAGCCAACUGGUACUGUAGACUUUUUUGAUGAAGUGCUAAGAGCAAAGUAUUCCUUGUUUCUCACAAUAGCCGAACUCAUCUGACAGUUUGAGGAGCACUGUCAUAAGGAAGGGACCAGAAGCCCAGUGAGUCUGCAGAUAGACAGAUUAGGAUGGGCAGUACUGGGUUUCACCAAGGACAUAAUGGGCUUCUCCUCAAAUGAAGUGUGAAGAUGCUCAGACCUCAUCUGUUUAUUGCUACAAAUAAACUUCAUAUAUUUUCAGGGUUUCUUUUAUUAAGAGGCAAAUUAGUUGUUGGUUUACAUGUCAAAUAUAUAUGAUCUUUGUGUAUAUACAAGGGAUUUUUAAUGUAUGGGUUGGAAUGCAAAAGUUUGUGUAACCCUUUCUUGGCAAACUCCUGCAGAAUAGAAUCACAUUCACUUCU